AUGUCUUCUUCUCGUGUCACUCAAUCAGCGCGAUAUCCCAUUGUCAAGCAGCCUCGUCACACUCGUGUAUGGUUGGCCUGGGACGCCUUGAGAGGUGGUAGAUUAGGGCACAAGCCUUCGUACGCUCGUUCCCAUUCCCAGCACCUCUUCUCCUAUGCACCACGAAUUUUGGGCGAAAAGGCGAGCAGCAUCUCGAAGUACACCAAACCUGGUCAACCGGUCAAGAUGACGGGCACCAAGUUACAAAGUCAUUGUGUAUCUAUUCCAGACCACAUUGUCCUCGUGACGUGUUUUCAACACGGGCAACCCCUGCUAUGUGCGAUGCUUUUGCAAAGUAUACCAUCAGCCAUCAUAACUAAGCGCACAUUAGCAUACCGACUUGUCUUUCAUUCGUGCGAAUACGGCGAAGGUUUCACCCUCGACUAUCUCAAGAACGCACAGUUUUGUGGCGACCUAUUCCAGGAGAACUCAGGCACAGGUAUUGGAAAGUUCAAGGAGAGUGGUGCAUUCUCGCCCUACUUCACGCUGGCUGAUCCUGCGACUUUAGAACACCCGUCCUGUUGGCGUGAACUGCUGUCCUGGAAGAAGGCCGAUCAUUGUUCCGCAGCCGCGUCGUGGUCCCUCUAUAUCGAGGACGCCCCUUUGCUGUUUUUCCUGUACGACGAUUUUCAUGUCAACAUUUGGCUUGUGGUAAAGUGCAUGAGAAAUCGAGCUAUACAUGUAAUACAUGCGUUCUUUGACUUCCUGACGGAUGGUUUGCACAUGUUGGAUGUCAACGAAAAACUCGGCGAGCCGUAUGCCCCGGUAGAUGGCGAGGGUAUGCGGGCUACGGGCACUGGGCAAGGCCUAUUGGGUUUUGAUAUGCAUCGAAGUUCUCCAAAGUACCAGAAGGACUAG